CAUCCUUCUCCUCCCUCCAUUGCCUGCCUUACCGCGCUCCGGUCGUCCUGCCCCAUGGUGGAAAGGAAUGACCUGGAACAUACUCACCUUUUAAUGUCUAUCCUAUCACGCUUUGCUAUUUUCCCUUCUUCAGCCGCCGGUGAGCCUUCUUCGCCUUCUACGCUCACCCAGCCCCAAACGUCACCCCUCCAUUCCAUGCAAGCCUUUGCCAGUGCAUCAGCCCCGAAUCUGUCCAAGGUCAUGCUUAAUCUAAGACGACGAAACUCGACAACGAUAGGUGGUGUACCAGCGCCGUCGAGAUCAAGGCUGACAUCGAGAUCGUCUUCGAACGUCGCAGAAUCACCAGCUUUGCUCGCAAGUGUCAUUGUCGGCGUUGUCCUUGUUGUUCUCGUCAUGGGACUCAUCUUCAGCUUUGUGCGGACACAAAGACGGAAGAAACAGGUCAUCGUCGAUGCAGAGAAGGGUCACAGCCGGUUACUACCCUCGUCUGUUGGUCAAAUACAAGUCAAAACCACAAGAACUGGGACUAUAGACACCCAAACGACGGGACGUACUGUUCUUGAUAUCACCAUGCCUAGCAAUGGCGUCGCAGCUUUCUCUGCCUCUACAGGAAUGCCCGUUCCCCCCCGGGGCAAUGCGUUCCGCACGAUUGUCAACAAGGAGUUGCCCCCACCUCCAAUUAUCCACCGACCCUCCCUUCCACAACUCCGAAUAAAGGAGACUCCGACUCAGUCUGGAACUUCCUCGACCUCGCCCAGUGCUCUCCGUAGAACACAAUCCCAAUCAACCAAUACUCACACCAACACGCACUCUUCGCCCUCCGACCCCUCCAGUCCAAGCGACAUUCAUCAUGUCCAACGUCUUCAACGUGGACUGAGUUUUAUUCCACGCACCGCUGGCAACACCGAAUCCCGCCCAGCAUCACGGUCGUCACUUGGCACAAUGACGACGAUGAUGACCUUGCACUUGAGCAGCGCCACCGCCGCGCUGGCAAACCCUGGACCCAGCCCCAGCCGGCCAGUGUCCAUGGCGAUUGCAAGACGGGCCACAUUACCCAAUCUACGGCGGACCCAGUCCCAAUCCACUGGUACCAACUCGCAUUCUUCUCCCACAUCCUCGAAUGAGAUCCAGCAUGUCCAAAGGCUUGUCAAGGGUCUCAGUUUUGCGCCGAAGGCGUCGCCUGGUAUGCCUGCAAGGCCAGCUUCAAGAUCGUCGCUCGGCACGCUUGCAACUCUUGGCACCACAACUAGGUCAAGAAGAACGAGUGCCAAUUCUGGUCUAGCAAUGCGGGAGCGGACACGUUCCAUGGGUGAAGCGUCAAUCCCCGCUCUCCCAAAUCCCCAUCCGUUCUUGCAGUUGGAUCUGAGCUCGCGCGUUGAGAGCAGAAAGUCGGGGGCUCGAAAACAUAAUGGAACUCUGUGGUCGCCCGAGCCAAGCCCACGCUGGCCAAUAAGCUUCAGCGACGCCCAGGCAGAACAACCUGCGGAGGACGUUUCAACAAGGGACGAUGCAGAAAGGUCGGAGUAUGACGAACCGAUUCAGGUUCCUGCCCCUUCAUUCCUUCCUCCGAGCCCGGUAGAGCCAACACCCAAGCGCGCAAUUCGGACUCUUCCGCCGCUGCCACAAAAAGGGCCUUGGGCGUAUGGUGUAGUAUGGGAUGUCGAGGCGCAGCGAUGGCGGCGAAGUCGGAGUAUGCUGAGGCAAGGGAAUAUGCGGCCAGGAGGCGGGCGACCAAAGAGUACGCGGACUACCAGAAUGCCUAUCGGACAGUGA